AUGUCAAAAUCUGACGUCUCAAGUAAAUCCGAGGUGGAUGAGGCACUGCCAGCCCCAGCAAAGCCGACCUUAUGGCACCGAUUCAAGGAACAUAUGAAGAGAUUCUGGUGGGCUUAUUUGGUCUCAUUCUGCAUCUCUGUACUCGUCAUCAUUCUCCCGCUCUUUUAUGUUGGAAUUCCCAAUCUCGCCAACGACUAUAUCGAUAAGUACGAGUACGACUAUGACGGCCUCGAGAUUACCAACCCCAGCCUACUGCCUUCCAUAUUAAACAAACUCAAAGCCUUCGAAUGGGAGGUGGACACCGAUGAGGUUUUGACAGUAUUCCCUGUGCCAAAUAUCGCAUUUGGCAACGGAGCCACCCUUGAAAUAGACCAAGAUUUGGACUUGUCUUGUGUCGACUGUCUGUCGCAAUUGGCCUCUGCAGCUGCAUCUAACAAGAGCUCUUCCAUUUUGGUGGAAGGUUCGCCAGAUUUGAAACUUGGUGCUCUGCCUACUGCACAUUUGGACAUUCAUAAAACCAUGAACGUGGCCAGUUAUAAUGUCACAGACUUCAUCAAUGCCGAGGGCGCAUUCAACGUCACCAGCAUAGAACUCCUGGAUCCUCCUAUUGAUGGAUAUAACUUCAAUGCCACGAUCUCCGUGCGCAACCCAAGUCCCUUCAUUGUUGAGCUGGGACAUGUAACUUUCAAUCUUACUCUAGGUGACUCAGACUUGGGCUGGGUCGAUUUGCCCUAUCUCUUUUUGCAAAAGGAGAUUAUUAGCACAGUGGUCCGUGGUUCGGUUGACAAACAAAUGUUAAUCCGCGAGGCCAUUUCGGGUGACAAUGAGGUUGGCAUUGUGACUAUUGGCGUUCAUGGGAGAAGCUGUUCUUUUAAGGGCGUCGACAUCCCAUAUUUCACAGCCGCUGUCAAGGCUAUGUCUGCGUCGGCAAGAAUCGAUCUAUUAGAAUACGCAUCGAGUCUAUUUUCUUGA